AACUGCAACCUUGUCAACAACUUUUGCCUUUUUACUGCACAGCCAGUGUUUGUCACAUUCAACACAUUCUUCUUUACGAUACAACAUAGUUGCAACUUCCAAGGAACUCCACAAGAAUGGGAGGGAAAAUCUGGUCCUGGAAGGACUGGUUAGUGUGCCUGCUGCGGCUAUACAUGGACAUAGUCUCCGACUUCCUGUUCGGCGUUUAUAACCGUAUUUUCGGCUCGACACAACGCCUGCCACCCAUCCGCUCUGAUCUCCUCCGCCAGAGCGCCACCGCCCUGGUGCGGCGUAUCCGUGCCGGCGAGCUAACCAGCGCCGACGUGGUGGAAGCCUACAUCCAGCGCAUCCGGGAUGUCAACCCCGCCAUCAACGCAGUCGUCGCCGAGCGCUUCGAGGCGGCGCGUGCGGACGCCCGGGAGCUGGACCGACGUCUGCGCGACACCGGCUUCGAGAACUUGGACGACGGGGAGUUCUCGGAGGCUCGCAAACCCCUUCUUGGCGUCCCUAUCACUGUCAAAGAGUGCCUGCAGGUACAGGGUAUGCCGCAGACCGCGGGGGCGGUGGCCCGAAAACACGUGGUGGCGGAGGCUGAUGCGGAGGCGGUGCACCGGUUGCGCAGUGCCGGGGCCAUCGUUCUCGCAUUGACAAAUAUCUGCGAGAUCUGCAUGUGGUGGGAGACAGACAACAAAGUGUACGGACGGACCCGAAACCCGUAUGGCGUUAACCGUUCGGUGGGCGGGUCGUCCGGUGGAGAGGGCGCCAUUAUCGCCGCCGCGGGGUCACCGUGCGGGAUCGGGUCGGAUAUUGGCGGGAGUAUCCGCAUUCCAUCCUUCUUCUGUGGGGUCUUCGGCCACAAACCCACGCGGGCGUUGACGCCGCUGACGGGGAUGUUUCCGGAAAGCAGUGAGAACACGGCGCGAUUCAACACCGUCGGCCCGUUGUGUCGGUACGCGGAGGACCUUCAACCGUUCUAUAAAGUUGUAUUGGGACCGGAAGCCAAGACGUUAUCCUUGGACACUAUGGUGGAUCUGUCAAAAUUGCGCCUGCACUACAUCCUGCAGAUCGAGCACCCCUUCGUCACGCCGGUGCGUAGUUACAUUAAGGGAGCGGUGCGGAAGGCCGUCAACCACUUGGCAACCAAGCACCGCGCCAAAAUCAUCCCGGAAUCGCAGAUUAAGGACCGAUUGGAAGCCUUUUGCUACACCGCCGAAUUUUGGACGGCCGAAGUUAUUCAUGAUCCCAACCAUUCCUUCUCGGCGGACAUGCUGAAUGGAGUCGGGAAGUUGCAGCCGCGUGCGGAAUUUUUCCGAUGGAUCCGCGGCCGCUCGGAACACACGCUGCCAGCUAUCCUUCUGGCCGCUAUGGAACAAGCCACACCCACUGACCAGAACCGGAAGCACUGGAGCAAAGUGCGCGAUGACUUGGAAAAGGAGAUCGUGGACAUUCUAGGCAACGACGGCAUUCUUAUUAUGCCCACGCAUCCUCGCACGGCGCCCUACCAGAACCAGCCUAAAGCGAUGCACCUCAACACUAUCUACACAACCCUCUUCAAUGCCCUGGGUCUGCCGGUGACCCAUGUGCCGAUGGGCCGGGACGGGUUGGGACUGCCGUACGGCAUUCAGAUCAUCAGCAGUCACUACAACGAUCAUCUCACGCUGGCGGUGGCCUGUGAGCUGGAGAAGACGUUCGGCGGCUGGCGAGAGCCGACUUAAAUUGGAGCAACAUGAGCGGUGCGAUGUAUGUGGAUUCGUGUGUUUCUUGACCUUCCUGUACUUUCUGUAUUUCUGUUCGCUGUCCUUCGUCCUAGCAACUUCCUGUGCUUCUUCUGUUCUCUGGUUACGGUUCUUGCCAAUACAUUCAGUCGGUUCUCUGCUCAGUUGCGAUACACAUUACAGUCCUACGAUACGAAUCCAAUUCCAUAUCAUACCUACAGUACACAUAUCCUAAGAUCUCACAACCGGUUGCCGGUCUGCCGCUAUAUAUGAUUGCUGGCUGUUAAGCAACUGAGCAGUUUUUUUCAGGACCGAGUAAUUUCAUGUCGUGACCUGAAUUUUAGACUAUCUAGCUAAAAGGUUCUAUCGUUAUUUUUUUCUGUCUUGCACGGAGCACAAGCCCACGGGGCGAGUUUGUUAUUACCGAAUGCCGGCUUUAAUUUUGCUUUGGCAUUCACUGCUGCCUUUAAUAUGCAUCGAUCCUGUUUAUAGAAACGGUUUCUGAUCCUGUCUGUAAACUCUACAUUUCUACAGAAAGUUCGCUUUUUGUUAGUAAUAGCCGAAAUGUUGUCAUGCGGAGAAAUUCAUUUCAUAUGCACGAAGGUAGAAAAGCACAAACCAAAGAGCACAAACUUUAACAUCUCGUUUGCUAUGAUCAAAACAUUUCCCAGUCAUCUGCAUUCGUUGCACGACUUCUGUCGUUUUAUGUCCCGAAUUCCGGACGGCCAUGCAGCCACAAAACGAUUUGCUGCCCCACAACCUGCCCCAUUUCAUCGAGGAUCGCUUGUUCGAUAGCGGUAGUAGCGCCCAGCGCUGCGGCCGUAUUCAGCGCAUGUCCAAUCCAAGCUGCAGUUUGGAUGUAGUGCUGC